AUGACUGAAUAUAAGCUCGUCGUCGUCGGAGCUGGCGGCGUGGGCAAAAGUGCAUUGACAAUUCAACUGAUUCAAAAUCAUUUUAUUGAUGAAUAUGAUCCAACAAUUGAGGAUUCCUAUCGAAAGCAAGCUGUUGUCGAUGGUGAAACAUGUCUAUUGGAUAUUCUUGAUACUGCCGGACAAGAAGAAUAUAGUGCCAUGCGUGACCAAUAUAUGCGUGGUGGUGAAGGAUUCCUAUGCGUGUUUGCAGUUAAUAGUGCAAAAUCAUUUGAAGAGAUAAAGCAAUAUCGUGAACAGAUAAAGCGUGUUAAAGAUGCUGAUGAUAUUCCUAUGGUUUUAGUGGGAAAUAAAAUUGAUUUACCUACACGUACUAUUGAUUUAUCUUAUGCAAAAGACUUUGCUGCAUCGCUAUCGAUGCCAUUUGUACAAACAUCAGCUAAAACACGACAAGGUGUUGAAGAAGCAUUUUAUACACUUGUGAGAGAAAUAAGAAAAUAUAAGGAACGCACACGUAAAGAUCGAAAGGGUCGUAAAAAUAAAAGUAGUGGUAGUGGUACAAAUAUUGGCGGAAAUAAAUCUUCAUCAUUAAAAGAUAAUCGUAGCCAAAGCGCAAAACAACGUAGUGAAAAACGAAGUUGUAUGCUUAUAAAUAUUUUCAAACGAAAAAGUGAUGAUCAUAUUGAAUCACCAUAUUAUCAUUUUGAUGGAAACGAGAAACAGUAUUCAGACUUGCAAUUUCAAGAACCAACAACUAAAAUUCCUAUACAUGCUAUUAUUUUAGCAACUGCUCUCUUUCUACUUGGUUUUCUAAUGAUUACAUUAGGUUCAUUAAUAUUAACUGGUUAUAUCCAAACACAACAUACUGAUCGUUCAUGGCCAUUAAUACUGAUUGGUUUACUUGUUUUUCUUCCUGGUUUUUAUCAUAUACGUAUUGCCUAUUGGGCAUGGAAAGGUGAUAAAAAUUUUUCUUUUGCUGAUAUACCAGAUUUAGAUUGGUUCUAA